AUGUCAGAAGAAGACGACAAUGAACAUUACUCAAAAGAGUUUGACAAGCUUGACACUGACCAAGAUGGCUAUAUUAAUUACGAAGAGUUGUCUAAUUUCUAUCCAGAUGGCGAUGAAAGUCAAUACUUAGAAAAUACAUAUUUCCCAAUUCUUGCAGUAGAUGGAAAAAUCGACAAAAAUGACUUUGUAUUUUUGAUGGAAACCAUUAAAUACGCCGAUGAAGAUGACGAAUCUGAAAAAUACAAAUUUGCUUAUAUAUUAAUUGAAGGCUAUAAUGGUAGUAUUCCCAAAGACGAUAAAAUAUUAAUCGAAUUUAUCAAAUCAGAUAAAAAUGUUGAUGAUGAUGGGGCUAAAGCAAUAGCCGAAAAAAUGGUUGUAGAAGAUGACACAGACAUCAUUGAUAAUUCUGAAUUUAUCAAAAUUAUGCGCCAUACAUAA